CCACACAAGCCCCAACAAGCCCUGGAUAAAAUCCAUCGUGCAAGCAGGGCGGAGCGUCCCACUGGAUCGAGCCCGCGCGACUUCCGAUCCAGCAAGCGCGCGAGCCAUGACGAACGGCUACGUGUUCCGGGAGUACAUCGGCGCGCAGUUCAAGAGCGUGCAGUUCUCCGACGUGCCCGUCAACGCCGGCCUCAGCUUCCACUUCAUCCUCGCCUUCGCCAUCGACUACAUGGCCGCGACCCAGUCCAGGCCCAAGCCCACGCCAGCCAACGGCGUCUUCGCCCCGUUCUGGGACGCGGCGACGCUCUCCCCCGCAGCGGCCGCCGCCACCAAAAAGGCCCACCCCAACCUCAGCAUCAUGGUGGGCCUCGGCGGCGACACCGUGCAGAACACCGGCGUCAACGCCACCUUCGCGCCUACCUCCGUCGACACCUGGGUGGCCAACGCCGUCUCGUCCCUCUCCGCCAUGAUCAACCAGUACGGGCUCGACGGCGUCGACGUGGACUACGAGCACUUCGCCGCCGACGUGGACACCUUCGUGGAGUGCACGGGCCGCCUGCUCACCCAGCUCAAGGCCCGCUUCCCCAGAAUGUCCACCUCCAUCGCGCCCUUCGAGCGCCCGGAGAUCCAGAAGUACUACCGGGCGCUGUGGGCCAAGUACUCGGGCGUCAUCGACUAUGUGAAUUUCCAGUUCUACGGCUACGGCGCCAACACCAACGUGGACUACUACGUGGGGUUCUACAAUCUGCAGCUCAGCAACUACCCCGGCUCCGGAUCCAAGCUGCUCGCCAGCUUCAAGACCGGCGACGUCACCGGGCUGCUCUCGCCGGAGCAAGGCAUCAGCGGGGCCAAGGAGCUGCAGCGGCAGGGCAAGCUGCCGGGGCUCUUCAUCUGGUCAGCGGACAGCUCCAAGGAAGCCGCUUAUAAGUUUGACUAUGAGACCAGGGCGCAGCAGAUCGUCGCCAACCAUUGACGGAUGGAUCCUUCGCGUCCAUGUUUGCGGCGGCACCGGCACGUUCACGAAUAAGGCAUGUCCCUUGCACACGGACGAAGUCACGUACUCCCCAUAUAUAAUGUACGGGGGCUAAUUAAAUAAUUGUCGUGUACAUGUGCAUGAUCAAAUUUGAAUACACGCCUCGCGCACACUCAUCGAUCGUCAUGCUAGCUGAUAUACAGUACUCCGUAAAUUAAUUAAUCUGCAUUUUCUCUU